AUGAGUCAAAACCUGACAGCUUGUUGGACUCCUGACAAUCACUCGGAUGCGUACUACAUCUUCAGCCGCCCAGUGGACUCCACCUUUUCCUUAUCUUUUUCGAUGAAGCAAUCCAGUCCUGGUGCACGCUGGGUAAACAAAUCUAUGUGUGUUGACUUGGGCAUGUUUCAUCCCAGUCAGACGUGUGAAAUUGGUGUUGUUUCUGUGAGAGGGAAUCACAGAAGCCCGAGGUCCAGUGCCAUUUUCACCACAGAGCUGCUGCCGGUGGAAAUUGCCAUCACGCUCUCAGUGGACACAACGUCUGCGGAGCUAUACGUGCAGUCUCCAAGUCCCGGAUCCACCCACCAGCUCAUCUGGUACAGCACAAGUCGCCAAGUGAAGAAACUGUUCAGUCACAGCGCUGUGUUUUUGAGUUUAACUCCAGGCAAAAGCUUUCAUUUUGCAUUAAGGACAGAGAAAGAAUCCUUCUCCGACAAUUCCUCAGUCACCAUCAACAUCACUUCAGUCCCUGAUGGUGAACAAGGAGUGUUGUUACCUGAGCAGGUAGCGACAUCUGCAUUUGUCACUUGGGGUCCAGCACAGGGAAAGGUGGAUGGGUACAAGCUUAACUGGGGCCGUCUCCCAAUGGACAGAGAAUCUUGGGCAGAAGUGACUGUUUCUGGCACAAGUUACGGCAUUAGGGACUCGAGUCCAGGGUCCGAGGACUGUGUCAGCAUUCAGAGUGUGAGGGGCUUAGAUGCUGGCGAUAUUUGAAGAGAGGAAUGUUUUUCAGGCCCUGCAGGAAUGUGUUCCCUUCAAUUGGCCCGUAUAAACUCUUCUUCUGUCUCUGUGGGCUGGAAAUUCGCCUCUGGUGAAUUUGACUUCCACCGAGUCACUGUGGCGAACACUUCAGUCACAAACAUGCUCACCAUACUGAAGGAGGAGAUGGUUGCCGUGGUUACGGGGCUGCUGGAUGGCUGCAGCUACAACAUAAGUGCUGUGAGAGUGAGAGGGGUUACAGCAGGAAGCGCCGCUUUCCUGAGCGUGACCACAGUGCCUGCCAGUGGAGGAGAUUUGCAUGUCAUCGAGGUGUCAGAGCGUGCAUCCUCACUGCUCUGGGAGCAGCCACUAGGGUGUGCGGAUCAUUUCAGAGUGACUUUGCUACCGGAGCGGGGAAAAGUCACGGUGCACCCGGCGCACGGUGGAUAGAUCCAGGCCGAUGUGGCCAAUGUCAGUCCAGGGACUCGCUCCACUCUGACUGUCACGGCAGCAUCUUCCUCCAACAUCAGCCCCGGAGUCAGCCGCAUUGUCAAUACUAAUGAGAGCGUUCCUAACCCACCACCAGGUCUAGAAGGGGAGGCUGUGGGCUCCAAUGGGAUCCUGCUGUCCUGGACCACGCCCCCUAAUGCCAACAAUAUAGACGGUUAUGUCAUCAGGUACAAAGAAGUGUGUCCCUACCCUGAUCCCAUCUUCACCCAGGUGACCAAAUACCUGGACAUCCCAGAGACCCUCCUGACAGAUUUCACCUCCGGUUCGACCUACCACAUUCAGGUGGCAGCUAUUUCUCCAGCUGGUAUCGGGGCGUUCAGUAAAGCGUUAUAUAUCAAGACAGCUGAAUCCCCUCCAGGGCUGGUGACUAAUCUGACUGCGGAAUCACAGAAUCACACCUUUGUCAUGCUUACUUGGUACCUGCCUCACCGCAUCAAUGGCCUCAUUACAAAGUUUGCUGUCAAGGCUAAACACGCUCGAACAGGGCAGACGGUUCGCACUCUGGAGGUCAACGCAGAGGACAUCAUGACUGGAGCACUUCCUCACUGCAAUGAUGCAGCUGAUAUUCUAUCUCGUGCAACUCUCAGUCCCUUGGAGAUAACAGCGUCCUCUCCACCAAUCACGCUGUCCGCCGUUCCCCCAGCUGCCUCCUGGAGUGUGCCCAUAUCAGUUGGAGUAGAUCAGCUUCGACCGUACACCUCCUAUCUCUUUGAGGUCUCUGCUUUCACCUCUGAUGGAGAGGGACAGGUCGCCUCCACGAUGGUCCGCAUGCCCGAGUCAGCUCCUGAGGAUUCUCCGCAGAAUCUGGCAAUAUUAAAUGUGACCUCUCGACUGAUACUGGUCUCUUGGAGCUCUCCCAAAAUCAUUACAGGGAAAUUCACCUACAUGCUGUACCUCUAUGGACCAACAGGAUAUUUGUACGAAAACAGCACUGCAGACAUGCGGUUUACUUUCACCGGUUUAACCCCAUACACCAAAUACACUGUGGCUGUCCGUGCCAAGGCUGCAGGAGAAGUAGGGCCAGCAGCACAGGAUGCCAUUGUGACAUCUGCAGAAGCUCCAAGUGCAGUUCAGGACCUGAUGGCAGAAGCUGAGGAUUCUGUUUCAAUCCGUGUGAGCUGGAGAAGUCCAGCGCAGCCUAAUGGACCAAUCAUCCUGUACAGAUUGCAAGUGCUUCUGGAGGAAACUCUGCUGCAGGACAUCACACUUACUGAAGAAAACACCAACGCAACUGCCUCCUACAUGAAUGAGACCACUGAUGUACAUAACAGCUCAGGGCGGCGUAAGAGAGAUGCUGAGCUCAGCCUGAUCACCUCCCCACCAACUUUCACCGCAACUGUUUCUGACCGCACCGGUGCAACAGCCGUCAGCCUCGCCUUCUUAAGAUCCAGAUUUGCUGACCAGCGCACUAACUCGGAUGCCCAGCCUAAAGUGGACUUUUCUCUGACCGAUGAGGUCACUGAGAAGGCAACUGAUAGCGAUGCAUAUAAUCAAACAUCUGCCACUGAAGUCUUAAGUACAUCAGCGUUCUUGCUCACCUCAGCACCCCCCACCACGCUGCCCCCCUGGCUCACCAGGCCAUCACAAACUGAGGAUUUGACCUCUGUCCACUCCCGCCCGGCGUUAACUCCAAACCAGCAUCGGCUCUCCACCAGGGAUGUUUCAGAGCCAGGACAGUUUUCCACACGCACUGCAUCAAGUGUAACAGGUAGGAAGAGAGUGAUCGUGAAAGAGGAGGUUAUUGAAAUCUUUUCCGAAGAGUUGUCCUACUUGGUGUCAAAUCUGAAUCCGUUCACCGAGUACAAAUUUAGGGUCACGGCUUCCACACCUGUGGGUGAAGGUCCUGCUGCAGACAUCAGCGAGAGGACCACCGAACAAGUUCCCAGUUCGGUUCUGGACGUGUCUUACCAAAACAUCAGUUCCACUGCGAUACUUGUGAACUGGUUGCCGCCCCUAAAUCCCAACGGUCGGAUCACACAUUAUACCGUGUAUGGCGUCAACAUGGAAACUGAGGAGGCUUCACAGUGGGAGUCUGACUCCACCAGCAUUUUGAUAACAGAGCUGGACAAGUACACAGGCUAUAGACUACGUGUGGCUGCAUCUACAGCAGUGGGAGAAAGUUCUCUGUCUGAAGAAGAUGAUGUCCUAGUUUUUACCAUGGAGGAUGAGCCAGACUCUCCUCCUGAAAAUCUUACCUCAGUAGAAACUACUCCACUCACUGCCACAGUGACCUGGUCCGCACCAGAAAAGGCCAAUGGGGUGAUCCAACACUACAUGGUCCAUUAUGAGAACGAAUCGUUUUCUGGAGUGAUGAAGACCACCACCAACAAGGCCACCCUCUUCAACCUGAAGCCGUUCACCUACUACAACGUGACUGUGAUGGCUUUCACGCGUUACGGCCACGGCAACCAGACAUCAGAUGUUUUGUUCCUGUUGUCCGGAGAGGAUGUUCCCGGUAGCCCGCCGUACCAGCUCUCCUACGAGUCUGUUAGUCCCAGUGAAGUGAAUGUGACCUGGCAACCUCCUCUGGUCCCAAACGGGGUGAUAACCCACUACAGCCUGGUGCUUUGGAAUUCCACUCACUACCUCAACCUGACAUCAGUGACCAACUCCAUCCACAUCACACACCUGAGGAAGUACGCCGAAUACAGAGUCAUGGUGCAGUCGCACACUCGCGUCGGACCAGGGAACUACAGCACGGAGCCGCUCAACAUCACCACGUUAGAGGACGCUCCCGACACCCCCCCUCAGUUCCUUUAUGCCAGGAAACUCUCCGAUUAUGAAGUGGAGUUGUCAUGGCAACCGCCGCUCGAAGCCAAUUCUGAAAUACUCUACUAUGUUGUCAGAGUUUGGAAUGAAACAACAGAGCUGUGGCACAAUGUGACUGAGACGUCUGUGGUUAUUAACGUGGACUCUGAGAGCCGCUACAACGCCUCAGUUUCCAGCUGGACCAAACUUGGAGAUGGAGGAGUUUUGAUAUACAUCAGCUUCACCACCACAGAUGCAGAGCCGUUUGACCCUCCGCAAAAUGUGACCGCUGCAAAUGUGACAGCUUCAUCUGUCACAUUUCGUUGGAACCCACCGACCGAACCCAAUGGAAUCAUUGUGUACUACACUAUUUAUUAUUCUGACAACAAGACUGUGUCACAACAGAGAAUCUCUGCCUCUUCUUUGGAGGAAGAUCUGGCCUACACUCUCAUAGGCCUUGUUGGGGGAACUAAUUACACAAUCUGGAUGACCUCCAGCACAGUGCAGGGCGACGGAGGGGUUCAGAGCACCUCAUUUACAGUGCUGCUACCUGAGGAUGUACCCAGCGACUCCGUCCACAACCUGACUGCUCAGAUCUUCAGCUCCACUGCCAUCAUUGUCAGCUGGGACCCUCCUUCAGAACCCAACGGCCGCCCAUAUUACCUGCUCACCCUGCAGGAGGCUGGGAAUAGUUUAGCCAACUCAGGAUCACUUGCUGUCAAUAAGACCAUCAAACAAACCACCAAUGACAACGUCUUCCUGUUCACCAAACUUAGAAAAUACUUCCCCUAUGUGCUGACUGUUACCCCAGCAACCGGAGCUGGGCCAGCGUACAACCACACAAGCACAAUGUAUCUGAGAACUGAUGAUGACGUCCCGAGUUCAUCCCCGCUGCUGGUGUCAGUUAGGAACCUCUCAUCAUCCUCAAUUGAAGUUAUCUGGCAACGCCCCUUAGAGGCAAAUGGAGAAAUAACAGAGUAUAUCCUCACUCUGUUCGGCCCUGGGGGAUCGAAUUCUACACAAACCCCCGAUAGCUUUUUUGUUCUCACCAACCUGCAAGCAUACACAGCCUACAAUCUGACUGUUACUGCUGCAACACGUAAAGGUUCAGGACCUCCUUUGCUGCUGCAGCUGCACACGGACGAAGGGGGCCCCAUGUCACCUCCCCGUAAUCUGACUAUAUUUAACCACACAGCAGUCUCCGUAUGGCUAAAUUGGGAACCUCCUCUGGAGCCAAAUGGAGUGGUGAUGCACUACGGCUUCAGGAUCCGAGACCUUAUCACACACACCGUCACACACCGGAACUCCUCUGGUCCAUCAACCACAGAGCAUCUGACAGGGUUCCGGCCUCACAGCUCCUACGAGAUCAGUGUUAACAGUUACACCAGAGUGGGUCACGGCAAUCAGUUCAGCAGCCCUGUGACCUUCACCACUAAUGAGUCAGUGUCAGAUGCUGUGGGGAACUUGUCCUGCUCUGGCGUAAGCUGGGAUUCAAUUGAGCUGUUCUGGGAGCUUCCCACACAUCCGAACGGUCAGAUCCUCUUUUAUGAGAUUGAAGUGACGGCAGACUCCCAAUCCACCACUCACCAAGCCGACACACCUGAGUACACUGCGGUGGGGCUUUUACCGGACCAGGAGUAUAAUUUCGUCGUGGCUGCUGUCAACUCUGCAGGGCCUGGGGAGGGACUAAACUGCACAGCCUCCACUCUUUCGGAAUCAGUGCCGGCCGCGCCUCUCUCCCUCACUAUCUCCGAGGUCACUACUAACAAUGUGACACUUGAGUGGGCUCCGCCACUCUCGGUUCCAGGCCUCCUGAAAGAGUAUAAUAUCAUUGCACAGCUGCUUUCAACUGAUUGUGAAUCAGACGCUUUAACUGCCGCUCAGCCGGUCCCCGAAGACAAACUGCCCUUGAACUGCAUUGAGGCGGAAGUUUCAGUUUCAGUUAAUGCUUCAGAGGACUCUAACGAGAACCCCAGCGUGACUCUCCAGUCCAUGUCUAAAUACAGAUACUACCGCUUCAAAGUGGCUGCUGUGACAAAUGCUGGUGUUGGAGAGUACACGCAUUGGAUUUAUGCCCGCACACUGGCCGGGAACCCUGAUGCUCCCCCUCAAAGCCUCCAAGUUAUUUCCACUGCUUCCAGCCUCCAAAUCACAUGGAUGGCGCCUGCUGUUCUCUCUGGACCCACUCACUAUCUUGUCCAGGUUGAUGGUCCGGGGCUGAAUUACUCAUCAGUUCUGGCCCCAUCUGAGUCUACAAUGGUCACCGUGAUGAACUUAACCGCCUUCACCCGUUACUCUGUCACUGUCACUGCCUUCACUGGGCUUCUGGAGCAGGCUGCUACAGACGGGAAAGCUAUUGGGCCGAUUGAGUUUCAGACAUUAGAGGAAGAGCCAAAAGACCCUCCGAAGAAUGUGAUUGUAUCAGUUAUUCCAGAGGAAGUGAACCGUGUGAAGGUUAGCUUUACACCACCAGAGGAGCCCAACGGACAAAUUACUGCCUACUAUGUCUACAUCUAUGAGAAGGAGCGGCUGGUGAAAAACAUGAGUCUCAACAUCACUCACAGAGAGCACAGCAUGCUGACUGCUGACAUUGAAGGACUUAAAGGAGGUCACAACUACAGCAUACAGAUAUCUGCGAUGAAUGGGGCUGGCAGAAGCCCACCCAGCCCACAUGUCCAGAUAAGCACAGGGAUCAAAGCCCCGGCCAAGCCAACUCAGAGACCUCAGGCGAUGCUAGGCCAUAGAGGGGUUGCCAUGGUUACCCACAGGAGUAUCACCAUCCGCAUGCCUGCCUGUUUCUAUAGUGACGACAAUGGACCAAUCGUAAAAAUUCAGGUCAUCGUUGCCGAGUCAGGGGUGAAGGACGCCUCCAAUUUGACAACCUGGAGAGAAGCAUUCUUUCGACGCCCGGCCCCGUACCUGACUGACCAGGGGUUCCCCAACCCUCUGUGCUCAGCUGACGCAGCGUCGCGCUUGGCCACUCGGCUCAGAGAAGGUCCUGCUCUGUCUGGAGAUCGUCUGGCAGGGACAUAUGUGAUUGGAGAGCAGGAUUACUGUGUGGAGGCCAACAACACAGAUCCCCUCUGUAAUGGACCUCUGAAGCCAAACACUGUCUACGUGUUUAAGUUCCGAGCCACGACAACAGAUGGACAAUACACUGACUCUGAAUACUCUGAGCACAUUAAAACGUCAGUCGACGGUCUGUUGACCAGAGAUGAGCAGAUCAUUCUGGGGGUCCUGCUCUCCUUCUUCCUGGCUGUGAUGCUCAUCAUCAUGAUCUGUGGUUUAGUCAAGUUCCACCAGCGUAAAAAGGAAGGCGGGACUUACUCUCCUAGAGAAGCAGAGAUCACAGAGACCAAGUGUAAACUGGAUCAACUGAUCGCUGUGGCAGAUCUGGAGCUCAAACAAGAAAAUAUCAGCCGGUAUUCCUCCUUCUUUUUUCGCCGCAAAGAGAUAUAUGUCAUCCAGCUCCUCAGCUACAGGAAAUCACUCAAACCGGUCAAUAAGAAGUCUUUCCUGCAGCAUGUGGAGGAUCUGUGUGCCAACGACAACGCCAGGUUCCAGGAAGAGUUUUCCGAACUUCCGAAACUACUGCAGGACCUUGCCACCACUGACGCUGACCUGCCCUGGAAUAAAUCCAAAAACCGCUUCCCCAACAUCAAACCCUAUAACAACAACCGAGUGAAGUUGCUGUCAGAACCGGGCACUGCCGGCUCGGACUACAUCAACGCCAGCUUUGUUUCGGGUUACUUGUGUCCCAACGAGUUCAUCGCCACCCAAGGCCCGCUGCCCGGCACCGUGGCGGACUUUUGGCGGAUGAUCUGGGAAACAGGAACCAGCACGAUCGCCAUGCUGACACAGUGCUACGAGAAAGGAAGGAUUCGCUGUCACAAAUACUGGCCGGAGGACAACAAGCCCAUGUCAGUGUUUAGUGACAUCCUUAUCUCAAAAGUGUCAGAAGAAAUCCUUCCUGACUGGACUGUGAGGACUCUAAAAGUGGAGAAGCACGGCCACUACAUUUUAGUCCGCCACUUUAACUACACAUCCUGGCCCGAACACGGCGUCCCUGAAUCCUGCAGCACUCUCAUUAAGUUUGUCAAAGCCGUUCGAGCGCACAGACAAGACAACACCACCAUCGCGGUCCACUGCAGCGCCGGGGUGGGCAGAACCGGAGUCUUCAUCGCUCUGGACCAUCUCAUCCAGCACAUCAGAGAUCACGACUUCGUGGAUGUUUACGGUCUGGUGGCUGAGCUUCGCAGCGAGAGGAUGUGCAUGGUUCAAAAUCUGGCCCAGUACAUCUUCCUGCACCAGAGCACACUGGAGCUGCUCAACAACAAAGGCAACAGUCAGUCCAUCUGGUUCGUCAGCUAUUCUGCUCUGGAGAAGAUGGACUCUCUCGACGCCAUGGAAGGUGAUGUCGAACUAGAGUGGGAGGAGACCACCAUGUAACCACUGAGCCGCAAGUGACUGCGGUGCGGGAACGGGUCAAACACCAAAGUGCCUCCAGCAGAGGAAGGAGACCACCACAGUCAGAACAGAAGCCCUUCCACAGUCCACUCUGCUGUUGCUCUUCUUUUCUCAGAACAUUCCUGACGUGUCCACUUGAUUCCAAAGAAGAGAGAAGCAGGGCUGAGGGAGGAAAUGUGAGCUGAGGUUAGAGGCUCUUACACACUUUGCACAAACUAUACUCCCUGUUUUGUAAUUACUGUAUUAUACAUCAAACCCAGCUGUUUUUUU